UGGUUUAUCCUUGACACUGCAUUUUUGCAUAUAAUGCUUGCACUAUUCCCAUGAAACGAACUAAUUCCGGCAAAUAGUCAGUUAAAAUGGUUCUUUCACUAAGCAGAUGGAUGGGCAAAGUAGCUAUAGUUACGGGCGCAAGUUCAGGAAUUGGUGCUGCAAUUGCCGACGCUUUGGUAGCAAACGGUGUUAUUGUUGCUGGACUCGCUCGUCGCUCUGAACGGAUCCAAGAGCGCGCUAAAAAGCUCCAAGGCAAACUUCACGCUAUUAGAACUGACAUGAGAAAAGAAGACGAAAUUAUUAAAGCCUUCAAAUGGGUUGAAAAAAAUCUCGGACAAGUCCACAUCCUAAUCAACAAUGCUGGUGUUUCUACAGAAAGUUUCCUAGCAAACGGAGACACCGAGGCUUGGAGGAACAUUUUCGAUGUGAACGUCAUGGGACUGUGCAUUGCCACGAGAGAAGCGGUGAAAUCAAUGACAACAAACGACAUAAACGGGCAUAUUGUCCACAUUAGUAGCAUUGCCGGGCAUAAAAUUGUGAAUGUUCCCGGAAUCAAUGCCUACACAGCCAGCAAACAUGCAGUCACGGCAUUGGCCGGGACUUUACGAAACGAGUUUCUCACUCUUGGGUCGAAAAUCAAAAUUACAAGCGUCAGUCCGGGAUUGGUUAUAAGCGAAAUGACGACUCUCGGUACUGGAUAUAGCGCCGAACGGCAGGAAAUGAUGAAAAGUCAACCAAUUUUAAAGCCUGAAGACGUUGCAGAUGCAGUGUGCUAUGCAUUGUCCACACCCGAAAAUGUCGAGAUAAACGAACUGACAAUCACACCAGUCGGCGAAAGAAUUUAAAGUGUUUUAUUUCUCUACAGGGUGAUUCUCAUAACACUUCCAGCCCAGCCAACACCAAAAUAAACUUCAUUCAAAAGUCAUAGUCUUUGAAGUUUGAUGUUUUCACUUCACUUGAGCGUCUUUGAACAACUUUGGUUUAUAGGGAUAUACAUUUUUUCAUAAUAUUUUUCUUGUAUCUGUAACCGUACUCGCAAGGCUUUAAUAAAUUUCACGAAAAUGCAAACUGGUAAAA